UGGUGGGAUGACCCUGUGGGACCAGCACAGUGCAGAGGGUGGGACAGCAGGAGGAACAUUCAUUCAUUCACCCUGUAAAUGUUUAUUAAGCCACUCUGGUGUUGGGGGCAUGGUGCUGUAAUGGGAACAAAGUAAUACAGUCCCUGCCUUCAUGGACUGUGGUCUAGUAAAGACAAGACCUCAAUCAAGUGAUCGCCAAAUAAAUGUUAAAAAAAAAAGAAAAGAAAAAUAAAGUAGUGUAAAAUGUAAAUAAAGUAAAUUAUCAAUUGAGCAAAGGGCUGUGACCAAAAGGCCCCGGCACUACGGGGGUCUGUAUCUGCAGAGUGACGGUGAGUUGGCAGCGUGAGUGUCACAGAAAGCUUCUACAGGAGUGGGGCGGAUGCUAGAGGAAGAGCAGGAAUUCACUCGGAAAAGAGGAGAGGGCAGAUUAGGCAGGAGGAACAGCGUGAGCCAAGACCCUCCAGCCCAGAACCAGGGAGGGGAGGAGAGCGGUGCAGAUGUGAAUGGAGAACUGCGGAGGGGCAGCAUACAGUUAACUUCUUCCACCUGGUAUGGGUUUUAGUAUCUAUAAAAUAGCUCAAAGGAUAGGGCCCGGAAUCUUAUCUAUAGCCCUUGAGGAGGAACUAAAGGUUCUUGACUUUGUUUAAUGGCUAAACCAUUAUUAUUUUGUCUUGCUUGACUUUUCCUUUCUUACUGCAUUUUCUCACUUCCCUGAUUAAGUUUACUGUUUGAAACUUGGGGAAGGCUGGGUCCUAUGAUAUUUUUUUUGGUUAAAUUUUGAGAAACUGAGGGAGACGAUUUUGGAGGAACACAAAAGGAGAGACUAUAGGGCUUCCCUGGUGGUGCAGUGGUUGAGAGUCCGCCUGCCGAUGCGGGGGACACAGGUUCGUGCCCCGGUCCGGGAAGAUCCCACAUGCCGUGGAGCGGCUGCGCCCGGGAGCCACGGCCGCUGAGCCUGCGCGUCCGGGGCCUGUGCUCCGCAACAGGAGAGGCCACAACAGUAAUCCUCACAGCCAGAACAGCAGCAGCAGGCUCACCCGUGACACGGUGGAGCAGGUGCGCUACAGGAUCCUGGCACACUUCCACGCCUCCCCAGAGGACUACACUGUGAUUUUCACGGCCGGGAGCACAGCUGCUCUUAAACUGGUGGCAGAGGCUUUCCCGUGGGUGCCCCCAGGCCCGGAAAGCAGCGGGAGUCACUUCUGUUACCUCACUGACAGCCACACGUCUGUGGUGGGCAUGAGGGAGGUCGUCGCGGCCAUGAACAUCACUUCCAUCCCAGUCAGGCCAGAGGACAUGUGGCUGGCGGAAGAACAGGAUGCUACCGCUGCCAGCGACCCCGACGGCCAGCCUCUGCAUCUCUUCUGCUACCCAGCUCAGAGUAACUUUUCCGGGACCAGGUACCCCCUGUCCUGGAUAGAAGAGGUCAAGUCCGGGCGGAUGUGCCCCGUGGGCGGGCCUGGGAAGUGGUUCGUGCUGCUGGAUGCGGCUGCCUACGUGGGCACCUCGCCUCUGGACCUGUCGGUUCACCGGGCAGACUUUGUCCCCCUCUCCUUCUAUAAGAUCUUUGGCUUCCCCACUGGCCUGGGCGCCCUGCUGGUGAAUAGCCGCUCAGCUCCUCUGCUGAGGAAAACCUACUUUGGAGGAGGCACGGCCGCUGCAUACCUUGCAGAAGAAGACUUCUAUACCCCCAGAGAGUCGGUGGCUGAAAGAUUUGAAGAUGGUACCAUCUCCUUCCUUGACGUGAUAGCGCUGAAACAUGGAUUCGAUGUCUUAGAGCGCCUCACAGGUGGAAUGGAGAACAUCAGGCAGCACACCUUUACCCUGGCUCAGUACACCUACGCCGCCCUGUCCACCCUUCGGUACCCCAACGGAGCCCCUGUCGUGCAGAUUUAUAGCGACUCUGAGUUCAGCAGCCCAGAGGUUCAGGGUCCGGUCAUCAGCUUCAACGUGCUCGAUGACAAUGGGAACAUCAUUGGUUACUCCCAGAUGGAUAAAAUGGCCAGUCUUCACAACAUCCACGUGCGAACCGGCUGCUUCUGUAACACUGGGGCCUGCCAGAGACACCUGGGGAUAAGUGAUGAGAUGGUCAAGAAGCAUCUUCAGGCUGGUCAUGUCUGCGGUGACGAUGUGGACCUCAUAGAUGGGCAGCCGACGGGAUCUGUGAGGAUUUCGUUUGGAUACAUGUCUACGCUUGAGGAUGCCCAGGCCUUUCUCAGGUUCAUCAUAGCAACCCGACUGCGCCCGUCUCAUGGCCAUCCUCUCCCUCUGGCCACGCCUGGGGAGGCUGGAGCCCUGUCAGCAGAGAGCCUGCCUGCCACCAGGGCCAGACGUAGUCCCUCACCUCAGGAAGAUGCUUCCCCAGACUCCAGGCUUUGGGACAACGCACCCACCACUGUGGAUGCUGUGAGUUUGCGCCCACCUCUGCUGGAGACCACCAGAACCCAGCAGACCCCUUCAGAGAAAGCUGCAGGCAUGCUGGAUAGGGGCCUUGGGUCACACAUCGUCACCAACAUUUUCCUCUACCCAAUCAAAUCCUGUGCCGCAUUUGAGGUGACCAGGUGGCCUCUAGGAAAUCAAGGGCUGCUGUACGACCGGAGCUGGAUGGUUGUGAAUCACAACGGUGUUUGCCUGAGUCAGAAGCAGGAACCCCGGCUCUGCCUGAUCCAGCCCUUCAUUGACCUGCAGCAAAGGAUCAUGGUCAUCAAAGCCCAAGGGAUGGAGCCUAUAGCGGUGCCACUUGAGGAGAACAGCAACCCGGCUCAGAUUUGCCAAAGCAAGGUCUGUGCGGACAGGGUAAAUACUUAUGACUGUGGAGAAAAAAUUUCAAGCUGGUUGUCAACGUUUUUUGGCCGUCCGUAUCAUUUGAUCAGACAAAGUUCAGACUUUCAAAGAAAUGCAAGGAAGAAACGAGGCAAAGAUCAAUCUGCUUGUACAACAGCCACCCUCUCUCUGGUGAAUGAGGCACAGUAUCUGCUGAUAAACAGAUCCAGUGUUUUGGAACUUCAGCAGCAAUUAAGCACCAGUGAUGAGAAUGGAAAGGAAGAAUUAUUCCCAGUGAACAAUCUCAUCUCGCGUUUCCGUGCCAAUAUUAUUACCAGUGGAACAAGGGCUUUUGAAGAAGAGAAAUGGGAUGAAAUUUCAGUUGGUUCCUUGCAUUUCCAGGUUUUGGGACCUUGUCACAGAUGCCAGAUGAUUUGCAUCGAUCAGCAAACUGGGCAGAGAAACCGAAAUGUUUUCCAAAAGCUUUCUGAGAGGCGAGAGAGAAAGGUGAACUUUGGGCUAUACCUGAUGCAUACCUCUUUGGAUUUAUCUUCUCCAUGUUACCUGUCUGUAGGAUCUCAGGUGCUCCCUGUGUUGAAAGAAAACAUAGAACACUAUGAUUUACCUGCUUCUGAGAAACAGCAGGAAGUUAUCUCCUAAAGUUUUUUUCAGCAUAUAUUAAAAUUUCUCUUUUACAACUAUC